CUGUCCACAAGGAAAGGUUAAUUGUAAUGGCAAUGGCAAGCAGUACUACUCUUCUUCAUCUUCUCGUACUUCUUCUGGGGUUAUCUCAUAUUCUCUGCUUGAAUGCUGUCCCUGUUACAAGAAUUGGAAGUGUGGUAGAUCAAAUUCGUGUUCGUCAAGUUUCAGAGAACAUCCACUUGAAGAACCAGGAUGGAAACAUAAUUAAUCCAAGGUUGAUGCUGGAGUUGAAUGAUUAUCCAGGUUCCGGUGCCAAUAACCGCCACACGCCAAGCAAGACAUAAUUUGGGAGAUGUUCUAAUUGUUACUAGUUUCCCUAUGUUGUUGGAGGUGUGUCUUUCAUGAUAUAUAAUAUUAGUGUCAUAAACAUGAUUUUGAUCCAUGAGAUUAGAUGUGUGAGUUAAGUCGUAGCAAGUUGUCCUGUACUUGUGACUUUGUCAGAUUAACUAGACGUGUGGAGAAGUUGUAACGUAAUGUCGAGGGGAGAAGGGGAUGAGGGGAGGUUGAGCAAGUACUAAGAACAAGUUGUCGUAAAUUUAGAUAAUUUUAGAGAAUUUAAGCAAAGUUGUUGAUCUACUUUUAUCUACUUGCAUGAAAUAAGAGGAUAUUUACUAU